CUUUCUGAAUGGUAUGAUUUUAUAAACCAACCGAAUGAGUCUGAUGAUGAGUCUUAUGAACUUUAUGAAUCUGAUGAAUUUGAUUAUAAUUUUGAUGAACUUAAUGAAUUCGACAAAUUUAAUGAACUUAAUGAAUCCGACAAAUUUGAUGAACUUGAUGAAUCUAAUGAAAAAUUAAAAAUCAUCAGUGAAUUUAUGGCUGCUGAUAUGAGAAUUCAAGAACUUUCAAUAACUUUACAACAACAUCCUGAUGUUAAACACGCAAGCAGAUUUAUCAAUACUCAUGAAAUUGCUCAACAAUACAAAAAAAGAAGCAACCAAAUUAACAUAACAGAUGAAAUUG